AUAUCUUAUCAUUAUGACUCCUCCGGCAUUCGAUUAAAAAAACAAUAUUAAUCCGAAAAUUUGAAAUAAAUAUAAAAUUGUUCGUACAUUUUAUUAUAAUUAAUUUGAAAUAUUUUAUAAAUUUGAAAUAACAUAAUUAAUUAUUAUAUAAAAUUGCAAAUCUCAAAGAUGUCUCAAUUAAAUAAUAUUCAAUCUAUUCUGGUCAUGAGUUUGGUAUUGGUAUGUGUCAUAAUAUGGCCAACCCAUAAUGUUCAAGGAGCCACCUUUAGUGUAAGGUCUUUUAAUACUAGCAAAUGUUCAAUGAAUGCCUUAAACUUAAGUUUUACUUUGAGCCCAGGUGAUGAAUGGAAAUGUGAUCAACCUUGUAUGAAAUGUAUGUGCUCAUCAUAUGGUCUUGAAACGAAUAUGGAAUGCCACACGUGUGGAACAUUCUCGUCACCUUGUGUUACUGUUGAUAAAAAAGCUUUGUAUCCGGAUUGUUGUCCACGCCCCUGCAGCGUCAUGUCAUCACAAAAUACCAAUAUUAACUUUAUUUGAUAUUUGUAUAAUUUAUUAUUUUUGAACUGGAGCAAACAUAUUCUAGCAACAAAUUAAUUAUUAUUUAAUUUGACAGAUUGUAUUAUAUUUAAUAUUAUGAUAUUACUCAUUAUUUUUGGAAGCAAAAUUUGAAAAAAUAAAAAAAUUUU